AUGGCUCAACUCGAAUUGGAACAUGCCAUUGGCUUCUCUUCCAAGUUACCUCAGUCCGUGUUGCAACAUCCCAAGCAAUCCAAUUGUUUUGUUUUUAUAUCGGGAAGUGUUGCAGUAAUGAAUGAUAGUGAGGAUCCGAAUGCUCAGAGGUUUAUGAGAGGUCAUGAUGAUCGAGUUUCAUGUUUGGCCUUUGCGAAUCAUGGACAUUUAAUUGCUACAGGACAACAAGGAGAAAAUGCCGAUGUUUGUUUAUGGGAUACAUCAUCACUUCAACUCACACAACGAUUGGGAGAACAUGAAAAAUGUGUCGGAGCUGUUGCCUUCUCUCAUGAUGAUAAAUUACUAGCCACGGUAGGAAAUGCUUCGGACAGGAGGUUACUGAUCUGGAACGUUUCUACAGGAAAUAUUGUUGCAAGCGCAGCACUUCCCAAACAAACAGAUGACAAGAUUUUGGUUUGUUUUGGAGGUAUGGUUCGAGAUAUCAAGAAACGUGAAACAGACAGAUACCUAUUGGCUACAUGCUCUUCGGGAAAUAUAAUCAUUUGGAGUUUGGAACCUUACAAGGGAAUCUUAGAACAGGAAAAGGUCAAUACUGGUGCAUUUGUUCGAGAUUACACGUGUAUGCAAUUUGAUAAGCUUGGUGAAUAUUUAUUUGUGGGAAGUGCUUCUGGAGAUUUAUCCUUUAUACAUGUUAGGUUAAAAAGAUUGCAAACAGCUCCAGUUAAAAUCUGCUCAUCAGGAGUACUUUCAAUAGUGAUUAAUCCCUCCAAUGGUCAUGUGAUUACUGGAGGCGGAGAUGGAAGCAUUACAAUUUUUGAUUGCCAACAAAUUGUCAAGAAACAGAAAAUUUCGAAUAACGGAGGAAUAACUUCACUUUCAAUUUUUGGAAGCGAGUUCAUUUUGGCUGGUACAGACGAUGGAGAAAUUUUAAAGAUCACACUAGAUAAGUUGGAGUCUUGUUUAAUUGCAAGAAACCAUGCCAAAUCAAUUUAUGGUGUGGACUUUCCAUAUGGUCUAAGUGACAAAUUUGCCACCAUCUCAGAAAAUUGUGAGGUCAUAUAUUGGGAUGUUGCCAACUAUUUACCAGAAACUCAAUGUAAAUUUGCUCAAACAGAUUCAAUGAAGGGCAGUAACGUGUUCCCUGUGUCAUGCGCAUUUAUUAAGGAUGAAAUUAGCAUUUUGCUGACAGGGUGGAGUGAUGGUUCCAUUCGAGCGGUGGACUGUGAAACAGGAGAACAAUUGUGGACGCUCGUCAAUGCUCACAGAAAUGCUGUCACAAAAAUAGAUACCAGUCACAACAAUAAGUUUUUUGUUUCUGCAGGCCAAGAAGGCGACGUACGAGUGUAUGCCAUGAAAACAAGACAGCUUGUUUGUUCAUUCAAAGAACACUCUACAAUGGUAACAGGUUUAAAAAUUAUGAGAGAUGAUGUUCAUGUGUUUUCGAGUAGCAAAGAUCGAGAGAUUUUCUGUUAUGAUUUGAGAAAUGAAAGAAGAGUGGCCUCCUACAAUCACAAAAUAGGCUCUGUCAAUGGUUUUGUUGUAUGCUUAGAUCAGGAAACGAUCAUUAGUAUUGGAUCAGAUCGAUACAUUACCUACUGGAAUAUCGCCUCAGAUGCACCACAACGAAUCAUUCCCUACUCCAAGAAAUUUGAACCAAAAUUUAUCACCAAAACGAACAUGGACGAUCGUUUGUUUGCAGUUUUCGGUAAUGACGAGCAGAUCCAUGUGUAUCAAGUUGAUUCCGGUGAAAAACUUGCUAGCAUUGACACAGAAGGUCAAUAUAUUUAUUCGAUUCAAUUUUCUCCAGAUGACAAGCAACUCAUUGGUGUUGGAGAAGGUGGAAUCAUUCUCAUGUUCAACGUGUACUAG